GAAAGAGUUUAAGAUCAGUACAAAGGGGCACAAAUCUAGUGGAAACGAUAAAACGGGUUCAUUUUGUGAAAAGUAAUCACCUGUCAGCUAUCUACAUAAUAAUCAUUAUCAUAUGUUUAUGUUUGCCGGGUGGGGUGAUAAAUCAGGUGAAAGUGAGGUUUCCACUGACGUUCAAACCAUCCUCAAAGACUCCGGGAUGUUUCGAGGUUAUGUGACCUCGUAGUGUUUAUAAAUAAAAUAAUACUUAGAUAGGAAUUAUAAAUAAUGGAGAGUUGUAAGGGAGAAAUCAUCGAUGAUUCUAUUUUGUACGAGCUUUUGGAAUAUUUUGUCAAAAUACAAGAUCCAGAACUAAUCAAAUGGAAGAAUGACACAGCAAUCCUCUCCACCUCCGGCACAAUAAAAAAUGCCCUGCGCUACCUGAACAAUCGUUACUCCCUCCCGGAGUCCAUCUCCCAGCAGAUAGGCCUCACCCUUCCCUGGAAGUUCUCCAUAGACUCUAACGGGCGUCUCUUGGCCCUCCUCCUGGAGAACUCUCUGGAGAUCCGUAAAUCAAAGGACGAGUUCUCGUCAGUGAUAUCGAAGGCUUCAGUUCCAAAAGAUGCCUUUCCCCAGUGGCGCAAACUCUCCUGGAGUCCUGACGCCUCCCUCUUGGUUCUGGCAUCAAGCAACGGGAGCCUCUCAUUCUACAACUCCCUCGGCAACAACAUCUUCACAAUUACCCCGAGAACAGUCUCCCAGAACCCAGACAUUCUCGAGGCCGGCGAUGCGAUCGCCUCAUUGAUGUUCAAGCCUCCCAGGGAAGACAGUGAAAAAUGGUCCUACGAGUUUUUGGUGGUUACUUACAGUGGACUGUUGAAGUCGUACAGCAUCUCUGGAACUCAUGGCUUCAAGCACAAUUAUGAAUUUUCGUUUGGAAAUUUCUUUAGGAAAGGAGUUAACGCCUUCGCCUUCUCGAAGAAGCACAAUCUCUACAUUGUUGCCGGCAACUGUAUUACACAAAGUCACCUGGCCUCACCCGCAGCUAGCAAUGGUCUCACCUCCUGGCGUCCGCUGAACGACUAUCCUUUCUACAAGCUCUCCUUCACCUUCGAGGAGAAUUCGACGUCCACCUUGUCCCUCUGGAACCUGAUUCCCUCCUUCCGAUUGCCCGCAGCCCCUGUCAUCUUCAGGAUUUCCAUUUCCCCCAGUUGCAGCCACCUAGUCUGCCUCCAUACCGAUGGCUCAGUCUCCCUCUGGGACCUCCCGAGCCUGAAAUUGCGAAAAAAAUGGAAUCUCCCAGAGCAACCGGGCUACGACGCCCAAAACCCCCUGUCCGCUAAGAAACUCCGCAAGAGCCCCAACGAUAUCUCAGACUUCCAUCCCGUGGACAUCGGCUGGUGGUCUGACCACUCCAUCAUCAUUGCGAGGUACUCCGGGGCUGUCUCCGUCUGCUCUAUGUCCAAUUUAACGAAUCUCCUUGGUGGGAGUCCUGAAUUCCUCUCCGGUCAACCACAAAUCUCGGAAUUCUACUCGGGAAAGGGUUUCUUAGCUCUGGACUGCGAAACCCUGGUGAAAUCUAAAAAAAGAAAAAGAACUCCUAGUCAUGAUGGCUCCACUUCAGAUACUGAGGAAAGUGACCAAGAAGAAGACGAGCUGGAGCCAAUAACGCUCUUAGACUAUUCAAUAAAUCUCAUAAAAUCCUUGAUCUAUUCGAUAACCGACAUCGAGAGAUUUCAGCCCAAGCGAAAAAAGUCAAAAAUCUUGCAGAGGACGUAUAGGAUCCUGGGACUGAAGAGCACAACUCCCGAGGAGCUGUAUGCUCGUAAAAUCGACAUAGAGGAGUACGAGGACGCCCUGAACCUCGCCAACACUUACAACCUGGACAAGGAUCUAGUCUAUCAGACCCGAUGGAGGAAGUCAGAGUUCUCGUUGGAGGCCAUUACUAACCACUUGAGCAAGGUAUCAAAAAGGUCCUGGGUCCUCAAUGAGUGUAUUUCCCGCGUGCCAGAUACCUUGGAAGCAGCGAGAGAGCUACUGAACUUCGGCCUUCGAGGGGCCAACUUGGAGACAUUUCUGUUGAUAUCCUCCCACGACGAUGGAAAAUUUAUGGACGAGGAAGUUGAUGAGGAGCUUGCAGAGCUGAAUCAAGGAUCCAACAGUCUCAAGCAAAUCCAAAAGAUCAACGACUUGCUGAGGGAUGCAAAGGAGAGCCUGACAGAGUCUCAGAAGGAGUUGAUUGAUUAUAGAAGACAAUUGCUGGAUCAUUUGGACAAACUGAAGACCUAUGAGAUUCUCAUCGGAGAGGGAUUUAAGUACAGGAAGGAUUUCUACGAGAAAUUCAGGAGACUGUCGAUCCUGGAGAAUGCUAUUAAAUUCGCUAAAGACUGUGAUUAUAGAGCUGUAGAGAUCAUGUUCACCUACCAUGGAGGAAAACUUUUGCCUCACUGGUUGGCGAUAGUCAACUGCUUUCCAGAGACGCUGAGUCCUAGAGAGUACGAAAAAUUAUUACCAGAGUGCGACACCGAUGGACAGCUGUAUCUGCUCUAUCAGAAGGAGUUAAGGCUGCAAGAUUGGUCUGAGAAAUCUCAGUUCGAAGGGAUCAUCUCCAGAGAGGCCACUGAAGUAACCGAGUCGAUUUACGAAGACGAUCCUUCGUUAUCACCUUACAGAAAUACCGAGCUAACAAUGACCUUACUGACAAAAUGGUACAAAUCUCGAGCUAAUCAGAUAGAACGAGACAGUUGUAUCGUGGAGAAUGCCCUGGAACUGAUCAAAAUAGGAAAGUCUCACCGAAUUAAUGGCUUGGAAGACCUGCUGGUGGAGCUAGAAACCUUGAACGAUCUGAUUUAUAAGAUCUACCUCGAGGACAUGUCCCUUGUACAGCUGGAGAAGCUGUCUGAGCUACAGAAGGUUCAACUGCUGAUGAGCAGAACGACUGAGGGGAGUUUCAUCAACGACAUUAGGAGUUAUUUGCUUCCUUUUCUUUACAGACGGCAGGAAUACCUGGACAUUGCUCUCGAGAAGCAUCUGUUCAGGGAGUAUCUGGUGGACUUGAGUCAGGAGGACCUGUCACUCCCAGUGAUUUUGUUUCACAAUCUGGGGCAAGACCGCAGGAUCCUUGAUGUCAUUGAUGACGUAAUGACACUGGCUCUGGGAUGUAUUCACUCCUGUGUCGAUCUUGAUAUGUACGAGAAGGCUAAAGAUAUUUUUAAUGCUGUAUCAAAACCAAAUUGCAAUGUUCAAGACUCUUCAAGGUCUGAAAAUCCUCUGGAUGAUCUAGGGAAGGAGCUCGAAUGUCUCAAGAUACUGAAUAAAUACUACGUGGGGUCAACGAUCAGAUUUAUAAGUGAAAAUAAGGAAAAUCCUGAGCAAGCAAAACUUCUCUUGACCGAAAUGGCCAAUUCGCUAAAGGAAAGAUCACCUCCGCCUCCUCAGGAAGCGUGGACCGAGCUCCUCAAUGAUAUCCUGGAGAUACAGGGCCUCGUAUUUAACUGUAUCGAUACGGAAAUUUGUUUCGAGAUAGUGGUUUCAACGAAAUUAUCCUCUGGAGUGAAAUCCAACAUCCAGAGUUGUGUUUCAUUGAUCGAGACGAAGAGGAAAGAGGGAUCGUUCCUGAAGAUAUCGUACACCAGGGCCGUAGAGCUAAUCGUAGAAGCUGCCAGGACCUACUUUGACUCUUCGAAAAGUCUACACGAUCCCACCAUGGACCUCGCCAAGGCUUGCUUGAAUCUGAUUGAUGAGGAUGAUAAGGUGGUGCAGAAGGAGUUUGAUCUGAUCAAUGCUCUUCAGGUUCUCGAUGAAUUUAGUUUGAAUAUUCUUCCACUUCAAGUACGAAAUUGUCCGAAUAAGCUCAAGCUAAUCGAGAACUGUCUCGACACUUGUGAGGGUGCCUACAAACGCCAGCAGCGUCUUUUAACCCUCUCCUCGUAUCUCCACAUAGAUAACCACAAUACCAAACAUCGGGAAGGCAAGAUCCUUUCGCUGAUCGCUAAUAAAUCAUUCGAUGUGGAGGACUUCAUCGCCUGCGCCUCCACAUGCAAACAACUGAUAAACAGUAACUACUCUCCUGCUUGGGGAAUCAUCCACAAAUUGGCAUCCUCUCAAAGCUACCCAGACUUACAAUUCAAGAAACGGUGCUUCUGGUUCAGCAUCACUCAUGGCCCUCCGGAUAUCCUCGAGGAUUCUCUCAGAGAAGUCCAUCUCCUUGAGAUUCAGUUGCUCAACAAAGAUCUGGAGACCUGGAUGAGCUCUCACGCCUACGAUGAUCUGACAACCGAUCCUGACGAGGAUAGCGAUCCUGACGACGACUUUACAGACGCCGUGACGACUCCUCAGGUCGACUCUAAGGAGUUUGUCCCCAAAAUCCUCGAGACGUCAACCGGACUCGUCAAGAAUUCCGCCCAAAUUUUUAAUCAGUCCCUCGGGAUACUCAAGAGCGUCAGCAAUCAGGGAUUCUGGAGAUCCGCCUUAAACAUGAACAGCAAAAACGUGUUCGAGGAUACUUAUGAUGUCGACGAGGACGCCACACUGGAGAAGUACAGGGGAAUACUUCAGAGUUUUCCUUUCUUCUAUCAAUCACUUCAUGAGAACUGUCUUGUCAGCAGGAUUGACACACGAUACUCCAAGUACUCUCCACCUGAUGUUGAUAAUACCAAGUUGAAGAUGUGCCAGACACUCGUGAGGGUAGCGUUACUGAGUGAAACAGCUUCUUAUGGGCUGGAGAUAUCUGACAUUCGACACUUCUUCGUCCAGUGCUGCAGUCAUGUUCUGAAUGAUGACUGGACUCUUGGAUUCUCUUAUCUUUUGGCAUGUGGGGGAAGCCCCGGGGAGAAUGUUGAAGAGGUGAUGAAGGGGCUGAAGAAGAGUGAUCUUUGUAUUCAGGGGAUUAUUUAUUUGUACGGACUCAUGCUGUUUAGGAAGAUGUUUCCGGGGGAUGACAGGUACCUCUUAUACGAUCCCAUGGAUAUACUCAGGGGAAUGAUUGAACAGGCGAGAGAAGGUGAUGAUGAGGUGAUGAAGUUGAUUAUUCAUUGGGCUGAUAAACUGAGGGAAGAGGAAGUUGAAGAGGUGAAUGAAAGGGAUGACAUUGAAAUAGAAACGGAAUCUAAAAAUGACGAGGGUAAUGAAAGGUCUUCGGGGAAAUUGGAAACAACCAAUUUGGUUGGAAAGACAUCAACAAUGGUUGAUAAUAUGGAGGGAGACUGGGACGAUGACGCCUGGGGUGAUGAUUUCUCAACGGAGAUUGAGGCAGAAGAAAUUUUGAAGAAUGAGGAGAAUGAGAAGCGAAAGGGGGUGGAGAAUUUAGCGGAAAAGGAAAACUUUAAUGAUGAUGAUGUAGGAGGUGCUUGGGGUGAUGCUGAAUUCAAUGAUGAGGAUAUUAUUUGUGACCCUGGGACUGAGAGUAAUGAAGUUGAUGAAGUAGUUGAAGCUCGUGAAGCAGAAACAUAUGAGAAUUUUAAGCCAUCGCUGGGGGAAAAAUCGGGGAAAAUUGAUUAUAAUGGGGAGGGAUGGGGGGACCAGAGUGGAUGGGAUGAUGAUUGGCCAGAGGACGUAGAUACGGCGGGUACGGAUAUAGAGAAUACGGAAAUUACAGAAGAAAAAAUAGAAAUUAAAGAAGAGAAAAGGAAAGUCAGUAACGAAAAUAGUGAAAUUGAGGAAACAGUGAUAGAGAAAAUUGAGCCAGUGCAAGUAGUUGAAGGUCAAGAGUGGGCCGAAGGGGAGGCUGGAUGGGACAACUGGGAAGACUUUCCAGAAGUGGGAGAGAAUAAAACUAGUGAAGAGAAGUCCUCGAAGUCUGGUGAUUUUCCGGCUAUUGGCGACGGAGACAUUCCGAUUGUUGAUGAUUCUACGGAGGAAGAGCGCUUUCAGAUAUUUGAGGAUCUAUUCGGCAAUAUGGAGAGUAAGAAUGAUUAUGUGAAGUUGAAGGAUGUGCUGAAGAGGUGGCCGCAGUUCCAAGAGCCUCAGUUCAUUUCUUUUGAUAAAAAUCCAGUUCUGCAGAUGAUUGAGCGAGUCAGUUCUGUUUACGUAGGGAAGAGUCAAUCCAAGGGCGAGAGUAUCAUCCUGGAAGAGUACAAGGAUCUUUUGGAAGGGCAAUCAAUCCCGGAAGAGGUUUUCCGUCAAUUCAUCACAAAAAUCGACGACGAAUCGAGUCUGGAAAAAAAAGUUUUCCUCCGAUUAUCUUCAAAUAUUCCCCUUCUUCAGGAAGAAGCCGUUGAAAUGAUGAAAUCUUCAAACCUCUCUGAAUUUCCGUUACCAAUCCUCGAAGAAGUUUUCUUCAAGAAUUUGACCUCAACAUUCCCCCCUCAUCACCCGAUUUACGAUAAAAUCCUCGAGCAGAUGUUCCUCAAUCAUGAUCUUCCAGAACUGGAGCCCAACAUGAGGGUACUGAUAAAAAAAUUGAUGGAGAAGAAACAUAUUCCUUAUGCUGUUGCUCUCUGGAACCAACUUGCGGGUGUGCCUCCAGCUUUAACCACCUUUGAGAGUUGCUUUCAGCUUUUAAUAAAGGAAUAAACUAAGUCUGGUUACUUUCCUUGCAUGAUGAUGUCACCAAUCAAGUGUUAAAUUCACACUAAAUUAAAGAAAAUGUAAAUUGUAAAUAUAUAAAUAUAAAUAAACAACUCAAUUUCUACAAGUACCCAAUCUCCCUUAUUAACCUCCAAACAAAGGCACAGGUAACAAUCAAAAGACCCAAAAUAUUAUUAAUAUUCAUCUUUAUUACGUGAAAUUUAUGACAAUGAAUCCGCCUACUGACAAAUGUAUUUGGUGUAAUCUUCCGAAAGAAUGAAUAAAAAAAGACAGAACCAGCUAUGGGGAAUGAUUUAAUAACUUAAUCUUAAAUCAAGUCAAAUAGAUCACUGGCUCUAACCUCACGAUAACCACAUAAAACGCGAUUAAAACUCAGUCACCAGUCUCUUAUACUCCGCGAAAUAUUUCCUAAAUUUAAUCAACCUCCUCCAUCCUGGAGGCAUCAUCCUCGUUCUCAGCCUCAAUUGUCUGCACAUCCUCGACCUUAGCUUCCUCAUGAACUGCAUCAUCCUCAUCGAUUCCCAAGCCCAGCUUGAUCAUUCUGUAGAUGCGUUUGGCAUGAACCUGGGGCUCAGCUAGAGUGAAUCCAGACGACAUCAGGGAGGUCUCAAAAAGUAGAACAACCAGAUCCUUCACAGCCUUGUCGUUCUUAUCAGCCUCAGCCUUUUGCCUCAGAGAUUCAAUAACUGGAUGAUCAGGAUUGAUUUCCAGAUGUUUCUUGGCAGCCAUGUAACCCAUCGUCGAGGUGUCCCUCAAUGCCUGAGCCUUCAUAAUCCUCUCCAUAUUGGCGGUCCAGCCAUACUGAGCAGUUACAAUACAGCAUGGAGAGUCUACAAGACGAUUGGACACCACAACUUUCUCCACUUUGUUAUCAAGAAUGGUCUUCAUGAUCUUGCAGAGCGGCUCGAACUUAACUUUGUCCUCUUCCAUCUUCUUCUUCUCAGCCUCGUCUUCAGGGAGCUCAAGGCCCUCCUUGGUGACGGACACCAACUGUUUUCCAUCGAACUCCUUCAUCUGCUGGACUACAUAUUCAUCAAUUGGCUCAGUCAUGUAGACAACUUCGAAGCCACGUUUCUUGACACGUUCCACGAACGAUGAGUUGGCCACUUGUUCCUUGGAUUCACCAGUGAUGUAGUAAAUGUGUUUCUGGUUGUCCUUCAUUCGUGCUACGUACUCCUUCAGGGAGCAGACCUCGUCACCAGAGGCAGAGGUGUGAUACCUCAGGAGAUCAGCCAAUUUGCUCCUGUUGGUGCUGUCCUCGUGGAUGCCGAGCUUGAUGUUUUUGCUGAACUGUUCGUAGAAAUUCUUGAAGUUCUCCUUGUCCUCGGUGAGCUCUUCGAAGAGCUCGAGGCAUUUCUUGACUAGGUUUUUACGGAUUACUUUGAGAAUUUUGUUCUGCUGCAGCAUCUCACGGGAGAUGUUCAGAGGAAGAUCCUCAGAGUCAACUACUCCCUUCAUGAAAUUCAGAUAUUCGGGAAUGAGCUCCUCACAAUUAUCCAUGAUGAAGACUCGGCGAACAUAGAGUUUUAUGUUAUUCUUGCGUUUCUUGUUUUCGAAGAGAUCGAAGGGCAUACGACGGGGGGCGAAGAGGAG